CUGCAUGUGAACCAGUGUGCGAUGUGUUAUGCUUUUGUUCAGUCUCUCCUUUAAUCCUUAGUAGUCUUUGUCUAUGCUCUUAUCCUAUCCAAAUCCAUUGAUGUGCUGAGUUAUGAUCCUAUGUCUGAUUGAAUUUGUAGUACCUUCAGUCAUUCACCAACAUCAAGUCACAAAUACUCCAAACUGAGUACAACCUAUACGUUUAGAACAACCAAAAUCUUCUGUUAGCCUAAUCUUGGACGUUUCUAUUUUGCAGUCCUGAAGUUGUCAAUUGCUCAGCCAGAACAGGACUUGACAUGCUGGCAAAACACUAUUCCGAAGCCAUAGGAUUCGACAUUGUCUACUUCUUACCAGACAGCGAAGACGAUUUCGCUUCCUACACCGAAUUCCUCCGUUACUUGGGCUCCAAAAACCGUGCUGGUGUUGCCAAGUUUGACGACGGCACCACACUUUUCCUGGUCCCACCAUCAGAUUUCUUGACAGAUGUCUUGAAAGUCCAUGGACCUGAACGUCUUUAUGGCGUAGUUCUGAAGCUGCCCCCACAACAGCAGUUGCCCAGUAACAAUUUACAGCUGCAACAUCACCCAAUGCAGCACCUCUCUCAUAAUUUUGCUAGGGAUCAUCAGCUUCCUCCUGAAGCUGACUACAAUGCUUACCAUCAUCAUCCAAAGGAAGAACAGCAUGGGUUGGCACUAGAUUAUAAUGGGGUGAUGCAUGAUGAGUCAUCAAAGCUUCCUUCAAAACAGUUUUAUCCAUCGGUCGCUGAAUCCCCGUCAGCAGCAUCUCUUUCACGAGACUAUCCUGCCACAAACAAUGCAGCUCCAGUAUCAACUACUGGAGUUUCCUUGACACCAGAACUGAUAACCUCUCUUACAUCCCUACUACCUGCAAUAGCCCAAGUGCCUGGGCCUGCAAGUAGUCAGCCUGCACCGGGUGUGUCUACUACGAGGCAUUUUUCUUCAGCUGGAACUCCCCCACAGGGAUGGAAGCCUGACUAUUAUGGUGGAAACCCUAAUAAUAACAAUAAUCUACAGCAGCUAGGGGCUCAACCCAAUUCUCAGCCACAGUUUCAGUCUCAGUAUCAGCCAUAUCCCCAGGUCAACCAGCAGAUUAUAAAUCACUCCAAUGCGAACUUAUCACAUCAGGUGGCAGCUCAAUCUAGGCCAAUGAACAGUUUUCCUGUGGUGUCUCAGAGUGGGCAGAUGGUUUACCCUCCCCAGGUCAGCCAGCAGCAAUAUCAUCAGCUUGAUCCCUAUGGAACUCAAAAUAGUUAUGGAAUGGUUCAUGGGUCAUCUGAUGCUCCUGUUCCAUACAACCCAUCUGUUGUUCAGCAGCCUCAUAACCCUGUUCCAACGCCUAGUCAUGCUCCAGUUGCUAAUUAUUUACCAACGCAGUCUGGAAUUCCACAGUCAAGUGUGGAUCACCAGAACCAGGCGGCGCAGUUGCAAGCUCAGCAGUCUGGAGCUGGUGUUCAAAGCACGUCGGAAACUGAAAUUGACAAGAACCAACGGUACCAGUCGACAUUGCAGUUUGCUGCUAACCUCCUCCUUCAAAUACAACAGCAGCAGCAAACGAAUGCUUCAGCUGCUCCUGGAUCAGGAAAUCAGCAAUGACAUUUCUCUCUUUAUCUUGGUAAAUACCCCUACUUGGUUACCUGUCUCUUUGAUUUCCUGAAGUUACCAGCUCGUUGUCUCUCCUGUCUAUGCUGCUAUUAUUUUUCUGUGCUCCGAUUUUGUUCUUUUUGUUUUUCUCCUUGUAGUUCUCAAAGUGCGGUCUUGGAUAGGACCUUAAUUAGAUUCAGUUAAUUCUGGCUAGCGUUCUUGUGAGUUUCUUGGUAAAUCACAUAAGACUUUGAGAAUACUAUUUCUUGCACAUCAGGGCGAUUACAAUUGCUCUCUUCGACAAGAGCUUGAACUGUAGUAAUGCUUUAGUUACAAAACUACAAUACUAUUUGAAAGCAUGGUAGGAAAAGUUUUACUGAUUAUGGUAUUAGACUCUACCUUCUUGAUAUGGUAUCCAACUUCUAGGGAUUGAUGUCUAACUUGUCUGCUUAAACUUGCUGUGCGAACUGAUAUGAUUCCUUAUUUCUGUCUUCUUUCUCUUCCUUCUUCUAUUUGUUAUUCGUGCGAGUUUUGGUCAGCACUUCUGAGAUGCAUACUAUCCCUUUCCUGAAUUUUGUUUCUUUGGUGCAAGUGUCGUUCAUUUUUCUACCUUUGUGGCUUUGCUGGAGCUUCAGUUUGUAGAUAGAUCAGUGCUCAUCGUAUGUUUAGAGUUUAGGUGGUUAAUCCUUUAACUGUAAGCACCCGAUGUAGUUGUACUUAUUGCUCGAGCUUGUUUUAUGAAGAAUUAAACAUGUAUUUGAUGAACAUUUGUGAUGGUUUUCUUGCCUCUAUAAACUUGACCCAGUAUUGGUAUUGCUGCUGAAAGCUGCACUUUUGAAUGUCUUUAUCCCAAUAGUUCAAAACCAGCAGGAGUGUAUUGCUUGAUAAGAAAUUCGGAUCAUUUUUUAUUCUUCGUUGUGUUGUCUUCCCGUUUACUAGUCACUGACUUGGCAUCUGCUUCCCGUUUAUUAGUCACUGACCUUAGCAUCUGCCUGCGCUUUUCAUCUCCUCAUAUCCGAAUCCAUGCUGUGAUUUCUGGUCAUUCUGUGCCGAUUCACCUUUCUAUCAUCCUCCAGUAGCAUGAGUGAACUUUGGGUAGAGAGCUUUCAAGAUUUUAGGCGCCGAUAUCAUAAGGUCCAGAAUGCCCGCAAUAACGUAGUAAGUUGAGAGCAUCCAUGCUGAAUUGCGUUUAGCUCUCGAUAUCUAUUGCAACAGAAUUUUUUAUCCAUGGCUGCCUCCUAUAUUUCGGUCUCCUGCAUUUCCUUAUUACCGUGGCUGCCUCCAGUUACAUCGCGAAUGCCUGAAACGAUUCACUUGCAUUCAUUUCGUAUCUAAUCGGUUUAAGCUUGGGGACACAUCUUCCCAGUUAUUGAAAUGAAGGGGGGGAUCAAGCUUGUGCAAGCGCUGAUGUAUUCUCUUUCCGUUUCAUGACUUUUGCAGAGCUGCUAUGAGAAAAAUUUUACCGCGCUUCUUCGAGGCACGAAACAAGGCGAUUUCGAGCCACCCCUGCCUACCGCCUUGUCAUCGCUCUCCCCUGGGGAUCUACCAUCCCUUCCGGCGAGCAAUUUCCCAGUGUACAGAUACCAGCACAGCAGUAUCAGCCAGCAGGAGCUUUUCUGUGCUAGAUGGAGUUGGCCGUGCUCUUUUUUUUCUUGCCUAUCGGCCCUCGUUUCUUCCAAAAAUCAUAAAAUUUUAGCAUACGGGCCGAAGCUAGUUGGUAGAGUCGAGCUCGUAAUGAUCUCUCUUUCAUAAUUUUUGUAUGAUUGUAUUGUUAUUGUAUGUUUAGCAGUGUACUAUCUAUUGUGACCCGACAAGGUUGAGUUGAGUGAGUGAACUAUCCUUGCCUUCCUUUUUUCCUUGAUACUCAACAAAUCUACACGUAAUUGGCUUCUUUCACAUUAGCUGCCUCAUUUGUAUCUGCUCUUUCUUAACACAAAAACUCAUUGACCGUGCUUUUUUACUAAUUCGACCGAGUUUUUACUAAAAUGUAACGAAAAAA